CCGGCCUCGUCGAGGCACCAUGUCGGGGCCGGCGAGGACAGCCAUCUGCCUGCUGCGCUGCGACCUCCGCGCCCAUGAUAACCAGGUGCUCCACUGGGCUCAGAAUAAUGCAGAUUUCAUUAUUCCCCUCUACUGCUUCGACCCGCGGCACUACCUGGGCACCCACUGCUACGGCUUCCCGAAGACAGGGCCCCAUCGGCUCAGGUUUUUGCUGGAAAGCGUGAAGGAUCUAAGGGAAACGCUCAAGAAAAAAGGAAGCACCCUGGUUGUGAGGAAGGGGAAGCCGGAAGAUGUGGUCCGUGAUCUGAUUAAUCAGUUGGGCUCUGUCAGUGCUGUGGCUUUCCAUGAAGAGGCCACGCAGGAGGAGCUGGAUGUGGAGAAGGCGCUGUGCCAGGUGUGUGGUCAGCACAGGGUGAAGAUUCACACAUUCUGGGCAUCCACGCUGUAUCAUCGGGACGACCUUCCCUUCAGGCCUGUUGCCAGGUUGCCCGAUGUCUACACCCAUUUCCGAAAAGCGGUGGAAUCUGAGGCAAAGGUCCGGCCAACCCUGCGGAUGGCAGAUCAGCUAAAGCCUCUGGCUCCAGGGGUGGAAGAAGGGUGUAUCCCUACAAUGGAGGAUUUGGGACAGAAGGAUCCUGUGACUGAUCCACGAACAGCCUUCCCCUGCAGUGGAGGAGAGACCCAGGCUUUAAUGAGACUGCAGUAUUAUUUUUGGGACACGAACCUGGUUGCAUCUUACAAGGAGACUUGGAAUGGACUGGUGGGAAUGGAUUACUCAACUAAAUUUGCACCAUGGCUGGCGCUGGGCUGCAUUUCACCUCGAUACAUCUAUGAGCAGAUCCAGAAGUAUGAAAAAGAGAGAACGGCAAAUCAGAGCACAUACUGGGUCCUGUUUGAACUGCUGUGGCGGGAUUACUUUCGAUUUGUGGCCCUGAAGUAUGGCAGAAGGAUUUUCUCAUUAAAAGGGCUUCAAAGUAAAGAGGUCCCCUGGAAAAAGGACCUUCAGCUCUUUGACUGUUGGAAAGAGGGCAGAACAGGAGUUCCUUUUGUCGAUGCCAACAUGCGAGAGCUGGCUGCGACGGGCUUCAUGUCUAACAGAGGGCGGCAGAAUGUCGCCAGCUUUCUCACCAAGGACCUGGGUCUGGACUGGAGGAUGGGGGCAGAAUGGUUCGAAUACCUGCUGGUGGAUUACGAUGUUUGUAGCAAUUACGGCAACUGGUUAUACAUCGCUGGUAUUGGCAACGACCCACGGGACAACAGAAAGUUUAACAUGAUUAAACAAGGCCUGGAUUACGAUGGCAGUGGGGAUUACGUCCGGCUGUGGGUCCCAGAACUACAGGGCAUAAAGGGAGCAGAUAUCCACACCCCUUGGGCACUGAACAGUGCUGCUCUCUCCCAAGCAGGAGUAACUCUAGGUGAGACCUACCCACAGCCAGUUGUGACAGCUCCAGAGUGGAGCCGAUAUAUCAACCAGAGGCCCCAGGGAAGAAGUCCCCAUCCCCGGGGCAGGAGAGGACCUGCACAUGCACCAAUGCAGCACAAGGACAGAGGGAUAGAUUUUUACUUUUCUCGCAAGAAAGAUAUAUCAUGAAGGCUGUCCAGGUGCGUGCUGGAGAAGCGCUCAGGGGGAGAUUUCGCUGCUGAAGAUGCCAGGAUAAUGGUUAAUCUCCUUGAGCCAAGCCAAUGAUAGAAGUCUGGCCACAACAAAGGAACUAGGGAUCUGCCUCUUCAGUGUUCCCAGGGACGCGAGCUGGACGUGGAUAUUUGGAGGCUGUCUGUUAGCACUGACUGUGGUGAUAGGAUCUUGUAUUUUCACUUCGCUGCUUAGGCUGGUGCUGUGAGCUCCUAGGCGGUUCGCCUGUCGCUCUCCAGGCGUGGCUGCCCUUCAGUGCUGAGGGUCUGACUCCCAUCGACACUGUAUCACUCUCAACUGUGUAAAGUCCUUUGGUUGAAAGGGGCUGUCUAACUAAUAUUAAUUAACUAAAAUGGCAUGGCCUUUCUGUUUGGAGGAGGCGUGGCUGCUUUUCCAGUGCCUCUUGCUUUGCACUGGCGCUCACAGCUGUCACAGCUAAAUUUCGACCCCUCUUUACAAACUGGAGCAGAUGGUUUAUGUGGCAGGUGUUCAGUCAGAACCCUUUCUAGUGAACUUUCUUAUGCUAAUAUUUCAUGUUUUAAAGCUUUAAAA